AUGGAGCUUGGGAAAGCAAGGCCAUUCAUGGCCAUUGUUUUCAUACAGUGUUUGUAUGCAUUGAUGUCUAUAGUAGCAAAACUAGCUUUGAACGAGGGAAUGAGCCCUCACGUCUUAGUUGCUUACCGAAUGGCCGUUGCUUCAGCUCUCAUCACUCCUUUCGCCCUCGUCCUUGAGAGGAACUCAAGACCAAAGAUGACUUUUAAAAUCUUGUUUCGAAUAUCCAUCUUGAGUUUAUUUGAGCCUGUGGUCGAACAAAACCUGUACUACUCGGGGAUGAAACUUACUACUGCCACAUUCACAUCGGCAUUGUGCAAUGCACUUCCUGCAAUGACAUUUAUAAUGGCCUGCAUUUUCAAGCUCGAGAAGGUUAAUAUCAAAAGGCGUCACAGCCAGGCAAAGCUGGUUGGAACCAUGGUGGCUGUUGGAGGAGCAAUGCUUAUGACAUUCGUGAAAGGGAAUGCAAUUGACUUACCUUGGACAAGUAAGUCAAGGGGUUUUACUGGGCAGUCACAUGCUAUGAAUACUCCAAAGCAGGAUGAUAUAGGAAGAGGGUCAGUUAUGCUAGUAGCAAGCUGCCUCAGCUGGUCAUGUUUCAUUAUUUUACAGGCAAACAUACUGAGUUUAUAUCAAGCUGAGCUCUCGCUAACAGCACUUAUGUGCUUUAUGGGAAUGCUGGAGGCUACUGUUAUGGCAUUGAUAUUGGAAAGAGAGGACAUGUCAGUCUGGAAAAUCCACCCGGACAUGAGGCUAUUAGCUUCGAUCUACGGGGGACUUGUCUCAGGGUUAGCAUACUAUGUUAUUGGAUGGGCAUCAAAGGAGAGAGGGCCUGUGUUUGUGAGUGCGUUUAAUCCGCUCAGCAUGGUUCUCGUUGCUAUUUUGAGCUCCUUUAUUUUCUUGGAAAAAAUGUACCUAGGAAGGGUUCUUGGGUCAGUUGUCAUUGUCAUUGGAAUAUAUAUGGUACUAUGGGGUAAAAGCAAGGACAAGGGAGGACAGCCAAACGCAGGGUGUGCAGAGAGUGUGAUAAAAAUUGACGAACAGAUGGCUCCGACGCCCGACAUUAACCAAGUAGUACCCAAUAGUGGCCAGUUAAUGAUCCCAAAGGCAGCAACUCGGUCUCACGAGUUGGUCUGAGAUGCCAAUUUUGUUUUACUAUCUCUAUAUUUGCAGAACAUUUUUGAUAGUAUUAGUAUUAAGAAAAUAGUUUGCCAGAAUAAGAGCAAGCAAUGCGCUCCAUAAAGUCUCAAAGAAGGAGUGUGCAUCUUAAGUUUUUGAGUGUUUGCAGAGGUUUCGAUAUUUCCGUAAGAGAACUAGACUCAGCAGAUAAGGCCAUCAUAGCAGUUCAGGGUUCUGAUUUAUUAUUAGAAGCUAUAGUUACAGAGAGCAAGAAUGGAAUUCACUUACGACAAACAGCCUGCCAGUUGAUAACCGUCUUCUCAAGAUGCCAAAGUGACAGCAUCCUUCCCAUAAAUACGUUGAAGUUCAAGG